AACAAUACUCAUGAAAAGCAUUGCUGAGCUCGGUUUCGAAGCACGAGUUGAUGAAUCUGCCUCUCGGAUAUAUCCUCCUGAAUACAAGCAUACCGUCUGGCUCUCGCUAUCGUGUCUGAUUUCGCGGUGGAUUCGCAAUUCCGAGCAGCUUUUAAAACAAAUCAUUCAGACCGCAGCCAGACUUUGCCAGAGGUAAAGACCAGCAUAGAAGAGAGUUUAUAGGCGCGUUCACACUGGGAUAACAGCUGGACUGGAUAUGCUAAUGUACUGCCAGGAAUGACGGCACUGAGCACCCACGAGCCUUCUCAUGUAUCUGAUCGAUAGGGGAUAUUAGGGCCAGCUGGCCAGAGCGGGCACAGUUAUAAACAACUCGAUGACGGCGCGGCUCACUCUAAGCAAGUUGAGAAACAGUGUGCAUCACAGACUGUCGAAACCAAGCGCCCACCGCGACGUUAAACAUAUUCAGCUGUCAAAUAGGCUAGAAGUCUACUUUCGCAACAACAUGUCACUGUUUUGCCAGGACAGCGGUGUUUGAAUGACUCGGACAGGGAGGACAUACGUUGGCAGCCCUAAGGUUUUCGACAUGCCAGAGAAUGUUUCGUUCUCCAGGAACCGCACGGUUCUGGACACGCGGCCGGGGACGCGUCCCGCAUGGGCUAUCACGGUACUGGCCAGCGUGCUGAUCUUCACCACGGUGGUGGAUGUCUUGGGCAAUUUGCUGGUUAUCAUUUCAGUGCUUAGGAACCGGAAACUUAGAAAUGCGGGGAACGUGUUUCUGGUGAGCCUGGCCUUUGCUGACCUGGUGGUGGCCUUCUACCCCUACCCCCUGGUCCUCUACGCCAUCUUCCAUGACGGCUGGUCGCUGGGAGAGACACAGUGCAAAGUCAGUGGAUUCCUGAUGGGCCUGAGCGUCAUCGGCUCCAUCUUCAACAUCACCGGCAUCGCCAUCAACCGCUACUGCUACAUCUGUCACAGCUUUGCUUAUGAUAAGCUCUACAGCUACCGCAACACCCUCCUACUCGUGGGGCUCAUCUGGCUCCUCACCAUCCUGGCCAUCAUACCAAACUUUUUCGUAGGCUCACUCCAGUACGACCCCAGGGUGUAUUCGUGUACCUUUGCUCAGGCCGUCAGUACAUCGUACACCAUCACUGUGGUGGUGAUUCAUUUCUUUGUGCCCAUCGCCGUGGUUACCUUCUGCUACCUGAGGAUCUGGAUCUUGGUCAUCCAGGUGAGGAGGAAGGUGAAAUCAGAGGUGAAGUCUCGACUCAAACCCAGCGACAUGCGCAACUUCAUCACCAUGUUUGUGGUGUUCGUGCUCUUCGCCAUCUGCUGGGCGCCGCUCAACUUCAUUGGGCUGGCCGUGGCCAUCGACCCGGAGACUGUGGCGCCACGGAUCCCCGAGUGGCUGUUCGUGGUCAGCUACUUCAUGGCGUACUUCAACAGUUGCCUUAACGCCAUCAUCUACGUUCUCAACCAGAACUUCCGUAAGGAAUACAAACGGAUUAUCAUGGCCAUGUGGAUGCCUGGUCUGUUCUUCCAGGAGGCGUCACAGGGGGGUACAGAGGGCAUGAGGAGCAAGCCCUCGCCCAGACUGGGACUCAAUAACAACGAUCACGUCAAAGGAGAGGCAUUGUGACGUUGACGCCAAGGUUCCCUACUCCUUUCCCAUGUGUUUUGUUUAUUUUUUCAGUCGUGGAGCCAUUUCUCUAUAUAUCUCACUGACUGCACAGUUGUGCUGUUACCAAAGCCUCAAUGAACUCUCGGAAUGGUGCGGAUUAAAGAGAGAGGGCGAGACAUACACAAGAAAAGAGAGAGGUGUUGACUGAUGAUAACUGACUCUGUUAUUCACAAUUCAAAGAGUGCCAUUCAUGAAGC